AUGAGAAGGAUUUGGAACAGAAGGGGGAAAAAGGAAGAGGAAACAAAGAAUCGUAAUCUUAGAGUCAAUAUCUCUUUGGACUGGGCGAGACUAGAUCUGGGUGUCGGUUUACUACAUUGCGACCGUAUACCUGGUGUUGACGGUGAACUUAUUUAA